AUUGACGUCACAUCCGGGUUGCUAUGGCACCCUCUCCACGUUCCACCUCAUUGUGAGCUGGCUGAUCAUCCUUUGGCAGUCCCGCGGCUCCGUGAUCAUGGCGGCGAUAGCGGCACUGUGGCGGAAGGCAACGGACUACAUGAAGACCAAGGAGUUCCGGGAUUAUGUGACUAGUACUCACUUUUGGGGUCCGGUGGCCAACUGGGGCCUGCCAAUAGCUGCCUUUCGGGACAUGAAGGCAUCUCCGGACAUCAUCAGCGGCCGCAUGACAACAGCGCUCAUUCUCUACUCGAUGGCUUUCAUGCGCUUUGCUUACCGCGUGCAGCCUCGAAAUUUGUUGCUGAUGGCCUGCCACGGCGCCAACGUGGUGGCGCAGAGCGUGCAGGCGAGCCGCUACGUAGUCUACCAUUACGGCGGCGGCGCCGAGGAGACCACUGCUGUCGCCACCGUCGUUGCCACCAGUGCCACCAUCGCUCCCACCACUCCCGCCGCCACUGACAACGACGCCCAUUUCACCACCGACAACACAGCUUGUGACUAG